UUAGUAUUCUAAAAUAUAUUUUUACAUAAAAUGCCUAUCGAGCGGCAACAAAUAGAGUACUCACAGUAGCAGGCGGCUUCACCUUCCUCCCUGGGUAAUCAUGUUCCGCUGAGCAUAAAAAUUUUAGUUACACCACAAACUUUCUUUAAUGGAAAGAGACCCCAACGAAAAGCUUUUGAACGGAGCAGAAAAGGAACAAAAUGUUAAGCUGAAAGACAAAAUAUGGAAGGAAUCCAAAAAAAUGUGGAUUGUGGCUGGUCCUGCUAUUUUUACCCGAUUCUCGUCGUUCGGAGUAAGCGUAAUCAGCCAGGCAUUUGUUGGCCAUAUUGGCUCCACGGAACUUGCCGCCUAUGCUCUUGUGUCUACUGUUCUGUUGAGAUUUGCUAAUGGGAUUCUGUUGGGCAUGGCCAGUGGACUGGAAACUCUAUGUGGACAAGCAUAUGGAGCAAAACAGUAUCACAUGCUCGGGAUAUAUCUUCAAAGAUCAUGGCUUGUUUUGGUUAUAACCACAACUCUACUUACCCCAGUAUUUAUUUUCGCGAGCCCAAUUUUAAAAGCUUUAGGCCAAGAUGAAAGCAUCGCAGAAGUAGCGGGAAUUAUUGGUCUCUGGUUCAUUCCUGUGAUAUACUCAUUUAUUAUAUCAUUUAGCUGCCAAAUGUUCCUACAGGCACAGAGUAAGAACAUGGUUAUUACAUACUUGGCGGCACUUUCUUUGUCGAUCCAUGUCUUUCUUUCAUGGCUUUUAACAGUUAAGUUCAAGUUUGGUAUUACUGGGGCUAUGGUAUCCACUAGUUUGGCAUAUUGGAUCCCUAAUGUGGGUCAGAUAAUAUUUGUUCUCUCUGGAGCCUGUCCGGAAACAUGGAAAGGUUUUUCAUCUUUAGCUUUCAAGGAUCUUUGGCCGAUAAUCAAGCUUUCUUUAUCGUCCGGUGCAAUGCUCUGUCUUGAACUCUGGUACAACACCAUACUGGUUCUUUUGACCGGAAAUCUGAAAAAUGCGGAGGUUGCAAUUGAUGCUCUUUCUAUCUGUCUUAACAUCAAUGGUUGGGAAAUGAUGAUAUCUCUUGGUUUCUUGGCUGCAGCAAGCGUUCGCGUCUCAAAUGAGCUUGGGAGUGGGAACUUUAAAGCCGCAAAGUUUUCAAUCGUUGUGACUGUGUUAACAUCGUUAGCCAUUGGACUAGUUCUAUUUGUAUUUUUCCUGUUUUUUCGGGGACGUCUAGCUUAUAUCUUUACAAAAAAUCAAGAUGUGGCUUCGGAAGUUGCUUAUUUGUCGCCUCUUCUGGCAUUUUCCAUACUCUUGAACAGUGUUCAACCAGUUCUUUCAGGUGUUGCAAUCGGGGCUGGAAAUCAGAGCUCGGUAGCAUACGUUAACAUAGGAUCCUAUUACAUAAUAGGAAUUCCUAUUGGAGUUGUGCUUGGUUAUGUUAUCAAACUACAAGUUGUAGGUGUUUGGAUUGGAAUGAUAUUUGGCACGUUCGUCCAAACCAUCAUACUCGUAGUAUUAACUUUGAGAACUGAUUGGGAAAACCAGGUAUCUGCUGCUCGUAGACGGGUUAAUAGAUGGUUUGUGGACGCUGAACCUGAUACAAAUUCGAGAUCAACUGCCUGACCUGACGGAAAAUUCGUUCAGCAUUUGUGAUGUAAAUGGCCUACCAAAUUCAUGGAAGAAUUUCAGCAUCCCGAAAUGGAUCAAAGGCGGGUUAUCAAGAAUUACAAGGCUGGACAGUGUGCUUAAAUGAAGAAUUAAAAAUUAGUUUCAUUUCACAUCUAAAAUUGGAGCAUCAUGCAUCUGGGGAAAAAAAAAAUGUCUCUAUGUUUUCAAUUAGUUUAUUUGAUUUUAAAUAAAAGUGGAGGAUCGUGCGUUUGAGAAAAAA